UCUGGCAGCUCCUGAGACCCUUAUAGGGAGCGGCUGCCCUUCCCACAGCUGCCUGGGGCUCGCAUGUGCUCCUGGUUUGCGCUCAGAUGGUGGGCACAGCUCCUAGCUGGGCUCCGCCUGCCAGAGGGGUGGGUCAUCCCCAGUGGGCCUUGCCACUAGCCGCCCAAACACCACCCACAAUCCCGGUCCGGGCUGGCCUGCCCGCCAGCCUCCUCUGGAGGCCCCUACUCCACGCAGCUGGCUGCCCCCGCCCUCGGCCAGCCCAGUUUCCUGCCCCUCCCUCUCUCUCUCUCACUCUCUCUCGCUCUCUCCUCCCUCCAGCUGUUUCUCUGGCAGAGUUCUGUCCCAUUCAGGCUAGUGAGGAGCUCGGGACAGCACGCACGAGGUCUCCCGGAGAGGCUCCUGAGGGCUGAGGCUGUUUUGGGCUGGGCGGGGGGCGGGGGGGGGCAUCCUGUGGCCGAGAGAAAGAAGCUGGACCACACAGGUCCCCUACACGGCCUCCAGUGGCCUGAAGUUCAAGGGAGCCCUUGGGAAGACCUAGGCGGAGACCAACCACAAGAACAACCCUGUGAGGGAGGAGCUGCAUCCCUGCUAGUUUUCAGAUGAGGGAGUUGAAGCACAGAGAGGUAUGGUGACUUGCCCGAGGUCACACAGCUGGCACAUUCCAGGCUGGUCUUCAAGUUCCGUUGGUUUCUAGAAGUGUGGCUCUUUGCUUCGGUUUAGAAUCUGCUAGCUGGAUUCAGCCCAGCUUUCUCUUCACCCCGGGGACAGGGAUGCUGCUGGUUCUCCCAGGUGUUUCUAGCUGUGCCCAGGGACUGACUGGCUGAGGACCCCAUCGGAGAGCCUUGGACACGCUAACUAAAUGAGAAUGGGGGAUGAGGAUUACAACACUUCCCUUGCCUACGAUGACUACCCGGACGACUUUGACCCCAUCAUGGUCCUGGAGGAGUCUUCUCCCCUGGAAGGCACGACAGCCAGGAUCUUCCUGGUGGUGGUCUACAGCAUCAUCUGCUUCCUUGGGAUCCUGGGCAAUGGGCUGGUGAUCAUCAUUGCCACCUUCAAGAUGAAGAAGACGGUGAACACAGUCUGGUUCCUCAACCUGGCCGUGGCGGACUUCCUGUUCAACGUCUUCCUCCCGAUCCACAUCACCUACGCUGCCCUGGACUACCACUGGGUCUUCGGGACGGCCAUGUGCAAGAUCAGCAACUUCCUCCUCAUCCACAACAUGUACACCAGCGUCUUCCUGCUGACCGUCAUCAGCUUUGACCGCUGCAUCUCCGUGCUCCUCCCCGUCUGGUCCCAGAACCACCGCAGCGUGCGGCUGGCCUAUGUGGCCUGCAUGGUCAUCUGGGUCCUGGCUUUCUUUCUGAGCUCUCCCUCCCUGUUCUUCCGGGACACGGCCCAUGUGCACGGGAAGAUAACCUGCUUUAACAACUUCAGCCAGUCGGCGGCCGGCUCCGCCCCGUGGCCCACUCACUCCCGCCUGGACCCCGUGGGCUUCGGCCGACACACAGUGGUGACCGUCACCCGCUUCCUCUGUGGCUUCCUGGUCCCCGUGCUCAUCAUCACGGCCUGCUACUUCACCAUCGUCUGCAAGCUGCGGCGCAACCGGCUGGCCAAGACCAAGAAGCCCUUCAAGAUCAUCGUGACCAUCGUUACCACCUUCUUCCUCUGCUGGUGCCCCUACCACACCCUCCACCUGCUGGAGCUCCACCACGCCGCCGUGCCCGGCUCCGUCUUCAGCCUGGGUCUGCCCCUGGCCACUGCCAUUGCCAUUGCCAAUAGCUGCAUGAACCCCAUCCUGUAUGUCUUCAUGGGCCAGGACUUCAAGAAGUUCAAGGUGGCCUUCUUCUCCCGCCUGGUCAAUGCUCUGAGCGAGGACACGGGCCACUCCUCCUACCCCAGCCACAGGAGCUUUACCAAGAUGUCAUCAAUGAACGAGAGAGAGACCAGCAUGCUUUGAGGCACAUCUGGGAACCCCGAUGGACAGACCCUCUGGCCUUGGAGGCCUCAAACUCUGCCUUCUCGAGACCACGGCAGAAAACUCCCCAGGACACACCGACACCCCCUAUAGUUUCCACGGUGUUGACUGGCAUUUUGAGCUGGGAGUCCAGGGCUUGGAACUCCUUUGUUCGAGUGGCCUGAUGGACUGGGCAAGCCAUUUCCUCUCAACCUUGGACUCUUUCCAUGAGGAUCUGGGGUCUGGGGGAGGCAGGGAGGGAGAAGAGCUCAGGCCCUCAAAGGAGGCCGUCUGAAGAUACUCACCCUUGAACUUUCCAGGGUGAUGGUGCUUUGCGGGGCCGUAGCUGUUUGGGAGAUGGGAUGGUGCCAGCCCCUCGCCCCAGGUCCUGCUCGCACCUUGCCUUUGUUUCCUGGGGGCCGGGUCAUGGCAGGCAGCCUCAUCUGCAGUUUCCACCCCAUCCUGGGCAUGCCCUUCCUUCCCUGGUCCACCGACCCCGGCUGCCGGUGCUCAGAAUAAAGCACACCAGGGCAGGGGGCCAGGGAAGGAGGGCCUGUCCUCCUCCUCAGCGUCCUCUGAGCCUUGCCCAAGUCAGCUUCAGGAAACAAGCUGGGGGUGUCCUGCAGGUUGAAGAGCGGGUCCAAGGUCUCAGUCACGGAACUCAGCGGAGCCUGCAGCCUGGGUCCUUGUCCUGUGCUGCUGAGAGGCAGGCGGUGGGGCCCGCCCAGGAGCAGCCCUGUUGCCAUUUCUCAAUGAGGCCUGACACCUUCCCGUGCUACAGUGUCAUUAUCCCACUUAUAAGUGACAAAGCGGAUGUCCCAUUUGGGGGUGGGGGAGGGGAGUAACUCACAGUGACACGCAGCUAGCCGGAAGCCCAGUUAAGAGGUGAAGCCAACUCUGUCUGGCUCCAGAACCUCUGUUUUUUUUUAAUGGAGGGUGUAUCUAUUGAGAAUAUUCUAGACUCUCAUGAUAGCCUACAUUUACUUAGCAUGCCCUAUGCUAGACACUGUCCAUGUGUUAUCUCAUUUACUCCCCUCCGCCUCAGGCAGGCCUGAGUUAGGUAUGGUUAUUACUUCCUUUUGCAUAUGACAGAUAGCUGCAGCUCAGAGAGGUUAGGUAACUUGCCUAAGGGCGUCCAGUGGGUCUCUGCCAGAACCUGGAUUCGAAAACAGGUCUUUCUGGCUCAAAGAAGGCGGCAGAAUCAGGGUGUGGAGAGAG